AUGGCGGAAAUAGUACAUGAUUUUUUUCCAUUGAUGAGAGUUUACAAAGAUGGUCGAAUCGAAAGGCUGACGGGCGAAGGUUUUGUCCCACCUGAAUCGAAUCCUGAAACUGGACUACAAAUCAAAGACGUUGAAACUGAUCCACAAAUUAACCUAUCAGCAAGACUCUACCUGCCCAAAAUUGUCGACACUGUUCAGAAAAUUCCCCUUUUUGUCUACUUUCACGGUGGUGGUUUUGUGAUCGAAUCUGCUUCUUCACCUUCAUAUCACAAGCAUCUAAGCAAGGUAGCAGCUGAAGCAAACGUUGUUAUCGUUUCUGUUAACUACAGGUUAGCUCCUGAGUACCCUUUACCCAUAGCUUAUGAAGAUUCCUGGCUAGCUCUCAAAUGGGUCGCUUCACAUGCUAAUGGAGAUGGUCAUGAGCCAUGGCUAAAAGAUCACGCCGAUUUCAAUCGCGUUUAUUUUGGGGGAGAUAGCGCGGGUGGUAACAUUGCACACCAUAUAGCCAUUCGGGUCGGGUUGGAAAAGUUGGAUGGUGUGAAACUUGAAGGGAUUUUCCUUGCCUGUCCAUCUUUCUGGGGGAAGGAUCCGAUUGACGGUGAGGGGGAAAUCCUGGGUGCCAAGGAUUUCGUUGAGAAGCUAUGGUUGUUUGCGAAUCCCAACAGCUCGGGAUUAGAUGACCCGUUGAUCAACCCGGAAAAGGAUCCGAAGUUGUGUAUGUGGCCGGAAAAGAUCCGUUGA